AUGUCUAAUACUAAGCAAAUCGCGACGGCGUCGUCCAGCAGUUCAACUGCUUACGACAACGCCGAUGCGAAAGCUCGCCUCUAUGCCUAUGAGAUCCCCCCAAUGCCCCCGGGCGAAUAUGAGAUCAUCACUACACAAGAAGUCAAAUCUGGCAAUGACACUGAGAAACUGGUAUCAACACAACCCGUCACAGUCAAGGCGUGUCAACCAUACGCUAUACCACCAGAGCUCGUUCACUCAUUCUAUCCGCCAAAUCUGCGCACCGUGAGCGCAACAACGCUUCCUCACGUCGUUCUCAAAGGCGCGACACCUUGGGAACGGUCGCAAACACAUACUCCAGGCACUGCGCCGACGCCAUGGGUUGCUCUGCUUCUUUUUACAGAUGAGGAUCUGUGUGUGCCUCCGGAAGUGACUAGCGCUGCUAAACCCUCUGGUACUCGAUCAUUCACACUUCCUUUGAGCCUUUUCAACAGUAAUCGCUCAAAGUGGUGUCAUAAGAAUGACUAUUCCGACACUGAUGUGCCGGUCAAGGGUGAUGGAACACCAGCGACUGCUGAUUUCCUGUUUGUCAAGAGCAGCGUGUUCAAGAUGUAUUUUGAGCGUCAAGACUCGACGGGGAAGACAGGGCAGCAAGCUGGGCCCGACUUGGACCGCUAUAAACUCCUCACGUACAUGACAGAUAGCGGUGUCAAGGAUGAGAGUGGCCAUAUUACAAAUAAGCUCAGCACGCUUAUCGGUCAUCGAGCACGUCCGUAUACCUUGGGCGAUCAACCCGUCAAAGUAUAUGCGCACAUCAUCUCAAUUGAGACCUUGGACGGCCGCAUCGAUUGGAAAGCUGCCAGUGAGGCCUCAGCAACAGUAGCGCUUAUUUCUCUGUUUUCCUGGACAUUCACCUGGGAGAAGAACAAUGCGUCCCAAGAUCUCGAGAUGUUCAAGAAUCUCGCUGAUCCGAAGAGUAUUCGCCCGCUGGCGAUCAAGCUUCCGCCAACGGACCCCAACAAGCCAGACGACCCCUCGGCUGCGUGGGUUCGGCGAAGGGUCACAGAAGGGUACACUAUUGUACGCCAUCGCGACAUCGCUGGUGAAUCGUCCAUGGCGCUGUACCGAGGACCUCUUCUCCCAGGUUUAUCGCGCAAAGCGCGCAUCAAGCCAAGUGUGCACGGCACCGACUUACAGAUCAUCGACACGUCAGCGAGAAUUCUCGAUAUCUCGUACAACACGGCCUGGGAGUUGGGUCGAACACUGGCAGGUCGCGAUGCCAAGUUCUCAACGGCCAUUGCCUACCUCCGUCGAAAGCUGUGCAUGAAGGCCGUAACGAAGUCCAAGAUCUCGGACAACGAGGAUCCAGAGAACGAGCAAUCAAAACUCAUGCACAAGGCGGACGCCGUUGUUGAUAGCGCGUUAUCCAAACUUAAUGGGCUCUUCAACGGCUCUGUGGCGGCAAAGAUGAAGGGUCUGCCGAGAGAUGGAGAUUUACGAUGGCAAGUCCCUUCUCCUGCAGCGACAUCCUUGGCCGCAGCGCCGGGUGUCAUGACCUUUGAGAAACUGCGCAGACAUCUUGAAAGUGCAGCAAAACCCUGGCUCGAAGCUAGGACUCUGGAACUAUGCCAGGCUACACCCGUCGUUUCCUCAAUCCCUCAGUUGGGUCUCGUGUUCAAUUGGCUCAUCGACAAUCUCAUGUCUUUGAAGCUAGUCCCCGCGACGUAUCUGUUCCCUGACCCAGCUGUCCUUGCGAAAGAGAGCGUUAGCUGUUUUCUCAUGGAUGAUACCUGGAUUGAUGCUCUUGUGGAUGGCGCGAUGAGUCUGGCCAACACUAUGGGAGGAGGUAGUGAUCCAGUCCGUGAUCUAAUCCGCUGGGCUUUCAAUACGUAUCUGGAAAAGGCACCAGCCAGCCGUGUGCAAAUCGGCGGUUCCGGCUUCAUCAUCCGCAGUGGCAUCGUCGAGUCCUUCCCCGAUCUCGAGAUGACCAUCACUACCAAGCUCCCGGGAUCCAAUGCUGCCACUCCUCUGAAUUGCGCAUACCGGACACGCAACGAGGAUAUGAUCCUGUGCCUUGUCUCAAGAGGUCAGGGACAAAGAUUGGUAGACUACACCGUCAAGCUCAAGCUACCGCCACACCAGCAGCGGUACAAUUUGGGUCUCGUCAACAAAGAUUCGAUGACAUUCACCUGCGAGAUGAAACCAUUCUUGGAUAUGACGGAGGAGUUCAAGAAUGCUUUGCCACAAGAUGAAGUAGAAAAGUACAUCCAGUGGAGCAGGACUGGUGUUAUACGUCCUCCCAAUUUCCCCAUCUCACCCAUCUGGAACCACGACACCGGUGUCCUUACUCCUCAUCUCUUGGUCAAAAUGAUGGACCACUUCAUCGAUCAGAACAAAGUCCGUGUCUGGACCAGACCAGCACCAGACUCAAAAGUGGUGUAUAUCGCAACGCAGUUGCUGGAGCGCGAUCACUGUGUUACACUCAUCUUCAAUGUAACCGCUGACAAAGAGAGCAAGCCUCGAGUCAUCUUUCCCGAACAGCCGGAUCCAGAAGAAGAUGAUCGCGAACUGGCAAUCAAACAUCUGCCUGAGAAUACAGAAGCCAAUAUCAAGUCGUGGUUCACGAAAUUGGCCUUUUCUCAAGACUCCCCUGGCCGCAGCAUACCACCGCAGUCCAACACACCUCAAAACAUCGUCUUCUCCAUCAAAGCUGGUACUAAGCCCGAGAAUCUUCCAGCUGGGACAGAAGUGUUUGCCAUAGAAGUCAUCAUUCCCAUUGGCGAAGAUCCAUCCCAUCUUCUUGACCAUCUAGCACCGCUGCCUUCUGUGCGUGCCAUUGGGCCGAGACAGCAGUGGAUUGCGGCUACAACCCAUAGACCGGCUACGAAAGAGUCGGCUGCUGAGAUGGUGGUUCAUAUGAAGCCUCGCGGGACAGCUGGAGGGGGCGCUACGUUUGCAGAGGGAUUGGAUGCUAGUUUCAUGCUGAUGAGGGCGACGGUCAAUGGUGUUGUGGGUAAUGAUGUUGAGGUUAAGACAAAGGAGGUUUAUGGGAGGUGGGAGAAGAGUAAGGACGCCAAUGGUAAAGAAGUUUCAGUGUUGAAAGCAACUGAAGUCGUGGAUAAAUGGACAUUGCGCAAGGAAUAA